AUGGCCCGUAGCAAACGCAGUGGCACUUCUGGAACCCCCAAACGCAAGAAACAGAAAACAAAACAUGCACUGAGAACCAAAUCAGCUUCGGCUCCGGCUCCAUCUACAGCUUCGCGCCAGGAACCCGCUCCUGAAGUUAAGGCCAGAGGACCGUUGACAAAAGAAGCCCUUGAGGCAUUGAAUAAAUUCGUCAUGGCUCAUCCUAGUACAGAGGCUAUGGAUGAACGCGAGUCAGGGGUAAAGACGAAGCUUCGCUAUGCUCCUGAAUACUUCACUUCAUGCGGCUUCAUUGAACAAUGUGAAAUGCAACAUAUUGCUCACCACGGUGGUUUUGAUAUGUCUGGCUUGAGAAUCGCUUUGCAUGACCAGACCCACGACUAUGCUUAUAUUGAGCAUCCCGUGGGAGAAGCCGGCCAGGCAAUUGAACCUUUCGAAGACGACGAGGAUGAUGUCGCUGUCUAUGGAGACGAGAAGGAUGGGGAAGAAAACGAUAUCGAUGACAUCCAUGUUGAAGGGGGCGUUGAUAUCGAUGUCAAUCUAGCCGGCAACCACGCAGCCCAGCUUGCUGCCAACGAGAUCUGGCAUGAGCCACGCGACAUGGUCUUGGAUACCACUGCAGAUGGGACUCUUGAGCUUCGCCGCUCUGCUGCUAGACCACCUUCUCCAGGUCCUUCUGACGAGGAAGAAGAUCCUACCGCCGGCUUGCCAACGUACUUUUCCGAUCCAUCUAACUUGGACCUGAACGACAAGGCUCAAGUUCGCAUUGCCAUUGAGGAGACUGCCAUCAUCAUGAAGGCUCUUUUCGACCGUCUGCAAGUGCUGGAGAACGAGAACAAGAACGAGAAUGAAAAUGAGAACUAG